AUGGCGUUGGAAGCUUGCCGUGAGGAGAUUAGACCAGGAAUUGAACCCUGGGGUAAUCCUAGGUUGACACUCUACCAUGUAGAGAGCUAUCCACUGCGCGAGGACCUAUGGCUAGCAGCCUCCGCUGAUGCCGGUUCGAUUCAGAAACAGGGCCAUGAAUUCUUUUUGUACGGUGAAGGCGGCGUCCUUCGUCAUCUGAGAUCGGUUUUACUUUUAACUGCAGCUGGCGGGUAUCCUUACUGGUGGAUGACACAGGUCUCAGAAUUUGCGUCGGAUUUCAGAAAGCGGGAAACUCCGUUCAUCCAAUCCUGA